AAACAUAAAAAAAAAGCUAGGAUAAGUCAAUUUUUAGGGCGCACAGCUCUCCUUGAAGGCAGGCGAACCAGGGAGAAGUCAAAGAAGAUCACAUGGCACUAAAAAAUGUCGCAAAAAUGCUAUCACGGAGGUAUUCCAGUGGCACUACAAGCGUUGUUACCAAGAAUGGAGGAUUUGAGACGAAACAUAUUAGGGAUGAUAGAGUGCGAAGAAUUGCUGAACGGCUUGAGCAGGCUACUGAGAAAACAAAGAGACUCACUGAUGAAUGCAAUGCUAUCUUUGCCCUAAGACGGGCAUUUUCUAUGGAUCGAAUCAUAUGGUUAGGGCUCAUUAUGAGUAUUGGUGAUGAGAUACAUGAGCAGUUUAAAACUAUACAAGACAUCAAAGCUAAAGAUGCGCAAUUGUCAGCUUGUCUUACCAAAAGGCAAUAGUUACAAUUGCCAGCUUAAUCAGCAUAGGAAAUGGGCGCUAAGUUACCUACAUACUUUUGUACCCGAGACUUCUUAGUCGGGCAGGAGCUUACUCUAAGUUAUGUGAGUUUACUAUUAGAUGAAGUAUUCACUGGAACCUUUGUUAUAAGUUGCAUGUAAUGUGGGGUUGUGGAUCUCCUAACUUUACCUUUGUAUUUAUGUGUGUGUGUAUGGGUUGCUUUUAACCUAUUAACGCUCUA